AUCUCACUCACUUUCUGUCAAAGCAAUCGGAGCAGUCCUGUUUCUUUCGUUCUCGUGUUUCUUUGCGUGAAAAAUCAAACGUGAUCUGUACUUCAGCUUUGUACUGCGAAUAAUUGAAUUACAAAAUGUACGGAACCCAACAACCUAUUCUCGUUCUGAGUCAGAACACGAAGCGUGACAGCGGCCGAAAAGUGCAGCUGGAAAACAUUAACGCCGGCAAGACUAUCGCCGAUUUGAUCCGCACAUGUUUGGGACCACAAGCAAUGCUCAAAAUGCUGAUGGAUCCUAUGGGUGGCAUCGUUAUGACCAACGAUGGGAAUGCGAUUCUGCGAGAAAUCACAGUUCAGCAUCCAGCUGCGAAAAGUAUGAUCGAAAUCGCCCGAACACAGGAUGAAGAGGUGGGCGAUGGAACCACCUCGGUUAUUGUUCUGGCUGGUGAGAUGCUAGCGGUUGCGGAACAAUUUCUGCAGCAGCAAAUCCAUCCAACCGUGAUCAUUCGUGCGUAUCGCGAAGCGUUGGAGGAUAUGAUAAAGGUGCUGGAAAACGAUGUCAGUAUCCCGUUGGAUAAAGCCGACAAGGCGAAACUUGCCGAUGUUGUUAAGUCAUGCGUUGGAACUAAGUUCAUCGGGCAUUGGUCCGAUAUGGCGGUGAAGAUCGCUCUGGAUGCUGUCGAAACGGUUAUGUUGACGGAGAACGGGCGAACGGAAAUUGACAUCAAGAAGUAUGCCAAAGUUGAGAAGAUUCCAGGUGGUUCGAUCGCCGAUUCUUGCGUUUUGAGGGGAGUUAUGCUGAACAAGGAUGUGACGCACCCAAAGAUGAGAAGAUACAUUGAAAAACCUCGCAUCGUACUGCUGGAUUGCCCACUUGAGUAUAAGAAGGGAGAGAGCCAAACAAACGUGGAAAUUGUUGGUGAUCAAGAUUUCACCAAACUGCUGCAGAUUGAAGAAGAGCAUGUUGCUAAGGUUUGCGCCGACAUAAUCGCCAUUAAGCCGGAUGUUGUGUUCACUGAAAAGGGUGUUUCGGAUUUGGCACAGCAUUUCCUGCUGAAGGCUGGAAUUACUGCUAUCCGACGCGUACGGAAAACUGACAACAACCGUAUUGCACGAGCUUGUGGUGCAACGAUAGUCAACCGAACGGAGGAACUGACAGAGAAGGAUGUUGGAACCGGGGCUGGGCUUUUCGAAAUUAAGAAGCUGGGUGAUGAAUAUUUCUGCUUCGUGACAGAGUGCGCUGAUCCCAAGGCUUGCACGAUUCUGCUGCGAGGAGCAUCGAAAGAUGUUCUGAACGAGACCGAGCGCAAUCUUCAGGAUGCUCUACACGUUGCUCGCAACUUGAUGUUAGAGCCCCGUUUGCUGCCAGGAGGCGGUGCAGUUGAAAUGGCAAUUUCUCAGGCCCUAACAAAUAAGCAGAUUCAAGGUCCGUACCGUGCUGUCGCGCAAGCUUUGGAAAUUAUUCCACGUACUCUGGCUCAGAAUUGUGGAGCGAACACAAUCCGUACCCUGACCGCCCUCCGAGCGAAGCACGCUUCCCACCCUGCCGGAACUGGCCCAUGUACCUGGGGUAUCGAUGGAGAAUCUGGCCAGAUUGUAGAUAUGAAGGAAAAGGGCAUCUGGGAACCACUGACAGUUAAGUUGCAGGUGUACAAAACCGCCGUCGAGACAGCGAUUUUACUGUUACGUAUCGAUGACAUCGUGUCUGGUUCUAAGAAGAAGAAUGAUGACGGAACGGGUGCAUCGCCUGCCCAAGCGGCUCAGGGAAUGGAAUAAAUUUGUCGUUGAACCUCUUAAGCUUUAACACAUACUAUUACACAACAAAAUAACUUUUAUAAUGCAAAUGGAAGGAAUUGCUUCCGCACAUCUAAGUGACUUCACAUAUUAUUCUCAUUGAGAAUGUUCACAUCAUUUUUGCGUCGUAUUGUAAUGAAAACGCCUCAUUUUCUUUUACUUUAAUAUACUAAUAACUAAGAUCAUAAUACAGAGAGAUCUCCACAUGCGAGUUAUGGAUGGAAGCCGAACUGCUUGAUCAAGCAAUGAUAGAAUAAUUUGUAGCUAUGGUCGCAGGCGCACCAAUAAAAGAAAACAUUCAAGUUGCUUGAAAA